CUUUCUUUUCCCCUCCAACGCUCCCAGAGGACACAGCCACAACCCUCCUAGCCAACCAUGCAGACAAUCAAGUGUGUCGUAGUCGGAGACGGUGCCGUUGGAAAGACCUGCUUGCUCAUCUCGUACACUACCAAUAAGUUCCCAUCCGAGUAUGUUCCUACCGUCUUUGACAACUACGCCGUCAGUGUAACUAUCGGUGACGACCCAUACACUCUUGGUCUCUUUGAUACUGCCGGUCAAGAAGAUUAUGACCGUCUCCGUCCUCUCUCAUACCCCCAAACUGAUGUCUUCCUCGUUUGCUUCUCUGUAACAUCUCCCGCGUCUUUCGAAAACGUCCGCGAAAAAUGGUUCCCCGAAAUCGCCCACCAUUGCCCCGGCGUUCCCGCACUUAUUGUCGGUACCCAGGUGGAUUUGAGGGACGACCCUGCUCAGACGGAGAAGUUGGGAAGGCAGAGGAUGAAGCCGAUUACACAGGACAUGGGAGAAAGGUUGGCGAGAGAGUUGGGAGCCGUGAAGUAUGUGGAAUGUUCGGCGUUGACUCAGAGAGGAUUGAAGAACGUUUUUGACGAGGCCAUCGUGGCGGCAUUAGAACCCCCUAUGGCGACCAAGAAAAAGUCUAAAAAGUGUCUCAUUCUUUAAAGACACCCCUUCUUUUUGGCUUCCCUUUCGCCAUUAUCUCUAUCUCAUUCUUCGUCUAUCAUUCGCUUUUCAUUUCUGCCAUCACUUCCUUCUUGAUCCAAGAUACCCAACAUUCCUCAUCCCUUGUCAAAUAUCAGCUUGCAAUAUUUUUCAGAAUUUGAAGUUUACUUUGCCUCGCCCCUCGCUGUUCUCAAAUUCAUGUCACAUUAUCGUGUUCUAAACUUCCCCUACUCGAUAAACUCAAACAUCCGAAACUGAUUUCCACUCUGUAUCCCAUCCCAUAUUUCGACUUAAUCUAUCGCUUAUUCAAAUUACUCCAUCUCUUUCACUCUGCCUUUCGAGCAUAUUCACUCCCUAACCCUCGAUGAACCGAUCAAUACAACAUUCCUCCAUUUUUUCAGACUCUACCACCACGUAAACCACCGAAUCAAACCGAUGAGAAAUCAACGAAUCAACCAAAAUUAACUGUGGAACAUGAGGGAUUGUCAGUGGAAUGGAAACUGUUGGCAAUGACAUAGAAUGGGGUUUGUGUUCGAAACGGGUAGAACUUGCCGAGGUUGAAGCUUGGCGGGUCUGGAGAAAGUUGAAAAUGAUUUCGGAUUGUCUGAGAAUAAGAGAGAAAUUGGGUUGGUCGACUGAUGUGCAGCGAAAUGAAAUGGGGAUGAGGGGGGAGGGAUGGAGAUGGUGUUUUCUUUGAUUAUUGAGAGAGGGAGGUAGGAGAGGAAGUGGACAUGAGAGAAGGAAGACGGGGCGAAGAGUUGCAAGGGGCCGUUAUACCUAUCUUACACAGAUUCUCCCUUUCCGUCUUUACUUUUUUCCUCCUAGUUUAUCUGCUUUUAUUCCUCUUCCAUUCAUAUACGUAUACCCCGAGAUUUAUAUACAGAUCUUUAUAUAAACCCCCUGUGAAUUGAUGCUUGAUGUUUUGGUUUUUUUCACUGC